UAGCGGCGGGAGCAGCGCGGCACCGGCCCGGGGUUCCGGCUGCAUUUCCAGGAGAGCAGCCGGCAAGAGCGGAAGAACUGGAACCGAACCUGGGGAAAAUCACGUCGCCAUCACCAGCCAGCUGCAGAAAAGACUUCCCAGCCACCUUUGGCACUUAUUUCCGGCAUUUGCAAACCUUACAGCACAAUAUAAAUGAUAAUUUGACUACAAACUUCGUUCUAUCUCAGCGGCUUUCUAAGGACAACAUUCAAGAAUUCUCACCAUCAAGGAACAAGUAAUAUCGGCUCAAGAUGAAUGCAAUGCUAGAAACCUCCGAGCUGCCUGCUGUGUUUGAUGGGGUGAAGUUAGCUGCUGUGGCCGCUGUGCUCUACGUGAUUGUCAGAUGUUUGAAUCUCAAGAGCCCAACAGCCCCACCCGACCUGUACUUCCAGGACUCUGGGCUAUCUCGAUUUCUGCUCAAGUCCUGUCCCCUCCUGACCAAAGAAUAUAUUCCACCCUUGAUAUGGGGGAAGAGUGGACAUAUCCAGACUGCUUUGUAUGGGAAGAUGGGAAGGGUGAGAUCACCUCAUCCUUAUGGCCACCGGAAGUUCAUCACCAUGUCAGAUGGAGCCACUUCUACCUUUGACCUCUUUGAACCUUUGGCUGAACAUUGCAUUGGAGACGAUGUCACAAUGGUCAUUUGUCCAGGAAUUGCCAACCAUAGUGAGAAGCAGUACAUCCGAACAUUUGUCGACUAUGCCCAGAAAAAUGGCUAUCGAUGUGCUGUGCUGAACCACCUGGGUGCACUCCCCAAUAUUGAGUUGACAUCUCCUCGAAUGUUCACUUAUGGCUGUACCUGGGAAUUUGGAGCCAUGGUGAGCUACAUCAAGAAGACUUAUCCCCAGACCCAACUCGUUGUAGUGGGCUUUAGUCUGGGUGGAAACAUCGUGUGCAAAUACCUGGGGGAAACGCAAGCAAAUCAAGACAGAGUCCUUUGCUGUGUCAGUGUAUGUCAAGGAUACAGUGCGUUAAGGGCACAGGAAACCUUCAUGCAGUGGGAUCAGUGCCGAAGAUUUUACAACUUCCUCAUGGCUGACAACAUGAAGAAAAUUAUCCUCUCUCACAGGCAAGUUCUGUUUGGAAACAAUGUUAAGAAACCUCAAAGCCUGGAGGAUACCGACUUGAGCAGAUUGUACACAGCAACAUCUCUUAUGCAAAUUGAUGACAAUGUGAUGAGGAAGUUCCAUGGCUAUAAUUCCCUGAAAGAAUAUUAUGAAGAAGAAAGCUGCAUGAGGUAUCUGCACCGGAUUUAUGUUCCACUCAUGCUGGUUAAUGCUGCUGAUGACCCCUUGGUGCAUGAUAGUCUUCUAACAAUCCCUAAAGCGCUUUCAGAGAAACGAGAGAAUGUCAUGUUUGUGCUGCCACUUCAUGGAGGUCACUUGGGCUUCUUUGAGGGUGCCGUUCUUUUCCCAGAACCCCUGACCUGGAUGGAUAAGCUGGUAGUGCAGUAUGCCAAUGCCAUUUGCCAAUGGGAGCGUAACAAAUCCCAGUGCUCAGACACAGAGCAAAUGGAUGCCGAUCUGGAGUGAUACCUUUACAGACUCAGAAGCACUCCAGUGGCCCCUCCUUCUGAAACUACUCAUCUCUUCACCUGCUGCUUCAGGUUUUCAUCCUUCUCAAUAACCUGGGUACGUCAGCAGGGAAGCUUCCUACCAAGAGCACCUUUCGCCGAGGCAGAUGGCUCUCCCCAGGAUCUUCAGGCUAUUUUUGUGCUUAGGUUACUGAUUUUCUUUAUUGCAUUAUUGGCCAUGAUGAAGAGUGGCAGAAUUCUUGAUUACCUGUUCAAUUUCAGCAUUUGUUUAAGCCAAUUGUCAUCUAAUUUCCCUAUUAAAAAUGUAUCUGAAGAGCAUCUUUGCUUUGCCAAUCCAAAAAAUCCUCCCAAGAAUGUAGCAAGAUGUAUCCUAAAGUUUGUAACUGUACUUUGUGCCGUUGUUUCAACCCUGAAAGGGCCUGUGGUUCCAAGUCAAUACUGAGGAGAGGGAGCUUGAACCACCUAAGCAUGAAAGUUUGGGGGAAUGUGAGCUCCAUAAGCAGAAGGGGGAAAUCAGCUUCUAUGAUAAGCCAAGUUCCAUAUUUACAACACUUCCUACAGGGUCUUUUUACUCUGUUCAGCAAAGCAUUUAGGUUAGGACGAUCUUACGUUUAGAAUUUCUUAUGGAGGUUUAUAACCAGGCGUGUCUGACUAUGACUAGCGGCUUCGGACAUAAUGAAGGCACACCGUUUUGGGAUUGCCUUUUGUGCAUUUGCAGUAGAGUGUAGUGGAUAGAAAACUAGGACACCUAGUUCUGCCACAGUGACCAUGGGCAAGUCAUUUAACCUCUGUCAGCCUCAGUUUCCUCAUCUGUAAAAUGAGAGAGUUGGACCCAUUGAUCCCUGAGGGCCUGUCCAACUCUAAAAUUAUACGAUGAUUUCUAUUUGGCUAGACUUUGAGAGAACAGAAUUCCAAAUGACUUCCUGUUCUUUGAAUUCUUGCCCAAAUCAAACAAGUAGCCUUGAUAUGAUCAUUUGCCUUUCUUUUUUGUUUUCUCAUUACUUGCGUAGAGGAUUUUCUUUAGCACCGAAUUAUGUGUUGUGUGUUUUUUUCUUUUAACCCAGGUCUCUUUAACACUGGCUCAGCACUUCAAAAGUAAAAUUUAAGUUUAAACAAAGUUAAACAUCUCCAUUUAAAAAGUAGUCUCUUUUGCAACAGAAUUUUUAUUGAAUCUUAUUUACUUAUAUACUGUCAGAUAGACUUUUCCAGAGUCUCAAGUCAAAAAAUGUCAGUUGGGAUUUGGGGUUUUAUCCUUUUCUUGAUCUGUUGAUACUUCUGUAUCUAAAACCUCCAGCAGUUUCUAUAAUAUAAAGUUGCUAAAACCAGCAGUUGCUAUAUGGGAUUGUACAACACUCACAAUGAUACUACUAGGCAUCCUAUUCAGUCUUUUACCUUCUCUAACUUCUUUGACUCCAGCAAUAAGUAGAGGCUCAAUUGGAAAGCUCAGAUGGGGAGAGCUACUCAGGCACUUUGAAGGCGUUGUUUGUAUGUCCAUAGACAGGACAUGUGUAUUGCCCCAAGUGACCAUGACAAUAAUGACUUUCUAACCUGAAGAAAUUCUGUAUGACAAUCAUUAAGAAUGAACAACAGCCAGUAUUGAAAAAUAUUGGAGCUCCUUUGGUCUCAGUUUUACUUUCCAAUUAUUUCCCUGUUCAAUUUCUUGUAAUCUUUUCCAAAUUGUAUUCUUUAUUGCCUUUCCUGUAAUAUUCUUUUAGCACCAAUUAGCACUUUAUUAUAUUAGCCUUGAUUUGGCAAUUAGCCACUUUGGUUGUGGUUAAAAAAUUCUGCGUGUCCCCCCCCCAAAACCCCCUCCCUACUCACAGCUGAAAUCUAGAACAUUCAUAGACAGGCUUCCUGGUACUGUCAUCACUUCUCUAAACUUAGAUUAGUUAAACCAAGCAAUAAUUUUAUAACCACUGAAUUACUGUAUCAAAAAUUAUAGACUCUUUUAUUUGCCUUUGGCCAUCUUUUCUGGCCUAUUCUAAUAACUGGCACAUAUGCAUAUGCUGCUACAUUCAGAAGGAAAAACGGGAUCAGAUCCAGCCAAGUAGGAAACUAAUUUUUUCCCCAUGAAGACUGUUUCCUGGUGACUGGUUAGCAGGACCAUUCUCUGUUUGCUUUUGUUGGGAAGGAGUCACAUCUGUCUUUUAGCCUUUGUGACUGCAUAGCCAGAAUUUAACAUACAGCAUCCUAUGGACCGAGUCCCAGCUCAAAUCUUUUGUGCAGUGGGAUUUACGUUCCAUUUUGCCCCAAGUGGAAUUAACUGAAACCCUUUGUAUGUGCUCCAGUCUCUUCAGCAUAGAAAUGAGGGUGUGGAUGUGGCUUUUUGUCUUACAAGGAAAUUCUUGUUCUUGUUUGCUUCUCCAAUGAACAUGAGUAGUAGGCAUUGUAUUUAGAGAAAUGCCAGUUUCCCAAUAAGCCAUGGGGGUGGCGCAUCAUUUUAUAUGGAGAUUUUCUUUUCCCUUAAUCCAGGCUUCCUAUUUCCCUCCUCCCAGGCCACAUUGACAGUCAGUAGCCAUUACCAAGAAGGAGAGGGUUUUUGCUCUGCUCUCUAGUCUGCUACCCUAAACUGUCUGUUCUUGAUUGGUUGAAUCCACAUGAAAAUGACCUGUAUCCAGGGAGGAAAACAUUUUUGGCCAUUUCCUACACCUGUCUGUUUUAAGUUAUUCUUAAUAUAAAGUAGCAAGGAAAACCCGGGCUACUUUUCAAAUGCUAUGCUACCUCGCCCUUAACCAGAAAUAAAACCUAUACCAAUCAGGGCUAACAUGAACUUGGAUUUCCAGAUAGUGUUAGAAGAGGUGUGUCUAUUUUAAAAUCAGAUUCUGAGCUCCUACUGUACAAACACAGGGGCAGUGGUAAUAUAUUAAACCAAAGUGUAAUGAAUGUUCAUAUUUCUUCUUGCUGUAUUCUUUCCACCCUGAAAAGAAGUAAGACACAGUUCAGUAACUCAUCCAGACCCACUUAGUUCUUGGCAUAGUAUAGGUGGGAGCAGUUGCCACCUGGAAAGUAAUGUCAUGUUCUCUUGAUGUGUUUAUGUUUAAGGAUGCUUUUAACAGAUUUGGAAAACAAGCAUUUGUCUCUCUGGGAGGAAGGCUCCAAUCACAGAGUAGGAUAUUGACAGAAAAGUUUUUUGAGUUUUUUUUUUCCAUUGGUUCUGGAUCCUUAGUUUAAUGCCUUUGGAGACAUCCUUCAUCUUUGAAUGUGCAGAGAUUGUUACCAUAUCCUUCCAAUGUGGAAGCUCACCUGAAAGAUGGAUUCUGCAUUCUUGAAUCUUUUUAGUAAGGCCUUGGCUUAGUUACCACAUCUAGUUAUUGGUGGGCAGCAUGGAUUCAUUCCUUUAACCUAGAUCUGUUUACACACCCUCCAGGCUGAGUCUGACCACUCCUACCUUCUCCAGAUUCCUUGCGCAUGGAACACAGCUGUAGGAAAGCUUACCUUAAUAAGGUUUAGAGAAAGAGCCCUUAAGGCCAAUGACACUGGCUAGAGCACUAUCUCCCUUCAAGAUCUUCUGUAGUGUGGCCAUUAUUACCUUAAACCCUCUCUCAAUUCAAAAGUGUUUGUAAUCUUGGCCCAUGUUUCAUGGGGACAAGUCGAAUAUCAUCAUCAUUCAGGCAAGCAGGACAAUGAGACUCUUUCUAAGGUAGAAAAUUCCACAUGCUCAGCCUUUCUUUUCCAAAACAAGCUCCAAAGUUCUGUAAUUCAAUUAUUAAAGCAAUUUGUAGUCCUCAGAAUAACUAAACAUGACUCUUUGGAUAGCCAAGCCCACCACUCCAUGCAUCCAAAUUACAGAUCUGGGGCUCCAGGAGGCACAAUGGAACUUUUGUUCCUGUUUAUGCUUUAUAAGUGAGCAGAUGUGUGGGAUUUGAGCUGCUUCUCUUCUUCUGUACAGCACUGAUUCUGACUUAGGCCUGAAAUAAAGAUUAUUGACACAUCAUGCUAGCUUAAAAGAUCUUACAGGUCUUCAUUCUUCAGGCAGUACAGAAGGGCCAUUUGGUACUAUUUCAUUUCAGCGUCCCAUAAGAUAUCCUUGGGAAUGUCUUCCUUCACACCCAGAGGCUCCAGGAAAACUUCUUGAUACCUAUCACAACAUUGUAGCGUCUCUCUGCCUUGAGAGAUUGAACCAGAACCACCAGAAGGCAUAAAAUGUAUAGUCCCCACACUAAUUGUAAGUAGUCUGGCUCCCAAGAGCCAGCCAAGACCCACUAAGCACUUAGACCUACAGAGCUCUUUUCGCCUAGGCUACUGCCUAAGCCACCUUGGAUCAAAUCAAUGAUCCACAGAUGUUUUGUUUGGGUUUUCCCCCUUUAGAACUGUAAAGAUUGGGUUGCUUUAGCUUAGGAGAAUAAGCAGCUAAGAAUGUUUUCUUUCUCCUUAUCACUAAAGCAAAAGAAAUUAACUCCCCAUGCCUCUCUGAGCUGAGGAUCACUCUUGCCAAAUCGCACAGAAGAGUACAAGCAUGAGCAGAGAGCCUUAAGACCUUUCAGUCGAAAAAGCUGCUGCUUGUGACCACUGUCACAUCUUCCUUGUGACUCAAGAGAACACUGCAAGCAUUUCUCUUACAAAGUAGACUUGGGGGGCGCAGCUAGGUGGUGCAGGGGAUAAAGCACUGACCCUGGAUUCAGGAAGACCUGAGUUCAAAUCUGGCCUCAGAUACUUGGCACUUACUAGCUGUGUGACCCUGAGCAAGUCACUUAACCCAUAUUGCCCCACAAAAACAAAACAAGGGGGACUUGGCAGGAGGCCAGUACCCCAAGACCAGAAAGCCAAAUCAAGCAACCCUUUUUUUCAGGUACCAGUUAUCAAAGAGCUGCCUCUUCUAGGAUGUCAACCCUCUCUAUAAUAGCUUCACCUAGUCCCUAACUUCCUAAUUAUAAUGUUGACUCAAGCUUUCAUGUAUUUGAAUGAGUGGACUUCUGUAGUUCAUCACCAUUGGGUUAGGUCACUUAGUUUAAUUUCCAUGAAGCCUCUAGGUCUUUGCUUCACUUCUGAUGAAUAGUAAUGAAACCCUACCUUGAGGAUAUUAACUUAGUUUAUGGGAAAGAAGUGUGUUGACAUUAGCCAAGAGAUCCAUUGUUGCCAUAAAUCCCUGGACAGCCUUCAUUUGAGGGAUCUGCAAAAGCGCCUUCCAUUUCAAUAUUCAGCCUUCUUCCAGGCCUCCCUUGAUCUGGUAGCCAACAGGCCAUAAAAGUUGAGCCGACCAGCUCAGGCCUAACGAAAUCCACUCACUUCACGAGCUGUGCAUGGCCAUGAACAAUUUUUUUUUAUUUCAGGAGUAGUUUUCUCCAGGGAUUUUUUUUGGGGGGGGCGGGGAAUGGGGGAACAGACCCUUUUCAUUUUUCCUAAAGCACAAUUCAAAGUAAAAACUCUCUCCUUCCACACCGGUUCCAGAGGAUAGGAUAGUUCACUCUGCCUCAGGAAGACCUACACUGUACCUGAGCUUUCUGACUUUUGCCACUACAGCGGCCUUAGCAAAGCUGGGGGGGGGGGAGGGGAAGGGAAGGGAAGGGGAGUGAGUGUGCAUCUCUCUGUAUUUUGGUUGGACUUCUCUGUUCAACAUAGCUUCUUAAUUUUGGCAGAUUUGCUUCCAGAUAGGUUUUUUAAAAACCAUCACUUCUACAUUCCUGUUAUGUUGCAAGGUUGUUUUCCCCCCUAAAUUUAAAAUGCUGCCCUGGAAAAAAAAUUAGUUUGUAUACUGAAAACCUUCCAGCUUUUGGAUCUUAAAGGGGGGUGGAGAGGGGGAGAAUGGGAUCCUUUAGCUCUAAGGCAUUUAAGAUUUGCAACUAGCAAUGCAAUUUUUCUAAAUAUGGCGAUGUUUACCUUUAUUAAGAAAAUUAUAUUAAGCAAUGGUGUCCUUAAUCUUUUUAUUUUCUCAUAUUACUUUUGGACCUAUUUUGAUUCUGUGUGGUGGUAAACAAAGAUCAUUGCAAACAAAAAUGAUAAUUUUGUUAUCUUUGAUUCAGUGGAAUUUCUUUACUUAAAAAAACAACAACAAAAUAAAGGACAAAAUCAAUCAA